UUAGUGCGAAAUAUGGCGCUCUCGUCGUCGACGUCGAAAAAUAUGAAAUCGAUGAGAACACUGGCUUAAGUGAGUGUGUACAUUGAAAGCUACAUAACAAAUGCAGCUAGCAGUCAAACAUAUACAAAUGCUCUACACUUGAGCCAAUGGAAUAAAAAAAAAAGUUAUAGUUCCAAUCGAAUUUCGAUUAUUUUCCGUGCAAUACACAGUGAAUGAUGUAUUUAAGUUGAAUAAAAAUUCCAUAAAAAAUUAAAUGGAGGUGACAACAUAAAAUCAUAAUAUAAAAAUCGAGCUGAAGAGAGGAAAAAAAAGACACACAAACGUUGUGGUUGUACUUCUUCCAGAGUGUUUGCAAGAGGGAGAGAGUGUCAGUCAAAAAUCGAUGCAAGUGAAGUGAACGAAAAAAGAGAGCGAGAACGAAAUCACACACAAAUUUCACAACACACAAGUGCACUAUCGAGUCAUUCAAAGUGAAUAUUUAUUUAGAAAAAGAAAAAGAAAAAUGAGCCAAGAAUUCAUCAACCGAGUGGCAAAAAUGCAAUCAUAAAAUUUGAACGAAGAAAAAUAAUAUGUAAAACGGUGCAAGAAAGUGAGAGAUAGAGAGAACAAAAAAUGAUGAAAAAAAAUCAGAAAUAAAUUGAAACAUUCAUAGAGCAAAAGAAGUAAAUGCUAAACAAUGGAUGAAAAUAAUAAGAAACGAAAACGUACCAAUUGUGUUUAAAUACAAGACAAGACAGAGAUAGAGAUAGAUACAGUGCGCUCUCUGUGUUGGAUGUGUGUUGUUGUUGUUAUUUUUUUUGUUGCUCUUCUGUUGAAAUAAAGUAAAACUAAUGUGGUUCUGGUUGGCUGAUACACACGGCUUCUUCUAGCAAUAUUCACCGAAAAAAAUAUAUAUAUUAAAACACCGAGUGUGUGUGUACAUUGUUUGUGUGUUGAGUCGAUUGUAUUUUGUUCAGCAAUAAGUUGUUUUUUUUUUACUCGCUUGGCUUUCUCAUAUUUUACGCGAACAAUUCGUGCCUCUUGCCUUUGUACACCUUGUUGUUUGUGUUGUUGUUGUUUUUUUUUGCGUCAUUGUUGUUGUCGGCUCCAUAAGUUGUGAAUUCAACAGUUUGGAUGAGUUAACAAAGCCCAAGACAAAAACAUAAGAGAGCAAAAUAAACAAACACCUAGCAAGAGUGCGAGAAGGAGAUUUGACGGAGAGUGAGAGAGAGAGAGGCGAAAUACUCAAAGCAAAACCGUCGUUUAUCGCUGAGUGCGUGACGACGAAAUGUCGCACGGUGCUGGUGGUGCUGGUACAACGACCGAAUUUCGUGAAUAUCAGUGGGCCUAUAGCGUAAUGGAUUCGUCGCGUGUAUCGACCUGUCUCAUAUCGAUGCUACUCAUUGUCUAUGGCAGUUUUCGUAGUUUAAACAUGGAACAAGAGCAACGUGAACGCGAAAAGAAGCGACAAAACGACAGCACAAAUAAUUUACUAACCGGUGAACCAGUGCCGCAGGAACAAAAUAAAUUUGCCACAUUGGACACAAUGCAUGCUCUUUGUCUUCCACUUGGUGCGUCUGUAUCGUUGUUGGUGAUGUUUUUCUUUUUUGAUUCGAUGCAAAUGUUAUUUGCCGUUUGCACAGCAAUCAUUGCAACCGUAGCUCUAGCAUUCUUACUCCUUCCCAUGUGUCAGUAUAUCAUACGGCCAUGUUCCGAUGGUAAUCGAAUAUCAUUUGGAUUUUGUGGACGAUUUACAGCUGCCGAACUAUUUAGCUUUUCAUUGGCUGUAUCAAUAGUAUGCAUUUGGGUACUGACCGGACAUUGGCUACUCAUGGACGCCAUGGGAAUGGGAUUAUGCGUUGCAUUCAUUGCAUUCGUUCGUUUACCAAGCCUAAAAGUAUCGACACUACUGCUGACUGGACUACUGCUAUAUGAUGUGUUUUGGGUAUUUUUCUCAUCGUACAUCUUUAGCACAAAUGUUAUGGUAAAAGUAGCAACACGGCCCGCAGAAAAUCCAGUCGGUAUAGUGGCACGCAAGCUGAAUUUAGGCGCUUAUGUCAAGGAUACACCAAAAUUAAAUUUACCAGGAAAACUGGUGUUUCCAAGCAUACACAACAGUGGACAUUUUUCGAUGCUGGGCUUGGGUGAUAUUGUAAUGCCUGGUUUACUGUUGUGCUUCGUACUGCGAUAUGAUGCAUACAAAAAAUCACAAGGCACACUGGCCGAUGUCGGCGUACCAGUGCCCAAAGGGGUCGGCUCAAAGUUGACCUAUUUUCAUUGUUCACUAUUAGGAUAUUUUCUUGGCUUACUAACAGCAACUGUUAGUAGUGAAGUAUUUAAAGCCGCUCAACCAGCAUUAUUGUACCUGGUGCCGUUUACACUAUUACCAUUGCUAACGAUGGCUUAUUUAAAGGGGGAUUUACGGCGAAUGUGGAGCGAACCAUUUAUUAUUCAACAAUCGUCAAAACAGUUAGAAGUCUGAGUAAUUUUAAGUGGAAUUUCUGUUUAG